AUGCUACAUAUCAUUCUAACCAGUAAAACCGUAAAUGCGGUGCCAUUUAUACGGCAAUUGGAUGAACCCUUUGAGGGCAAGUCAUGGGUUGUGUUGGCCGCCAGUGCUAGGGGUUGGUCUAAUUACGGAAUGCAGGCGGACGUAUACCACGCGUAUCAAAUGAUUCACUCACACGGAAUACCCGAUGAAAACAUCAUAGUUAUGCAUUACGACGACAUCGCAUUCGAUAAACAAAACCCAACCCCCGGUAUAAUAAUCAACAAAUAUGGCGGACCCGAUGUCUAUAAAGGCGUUCCUAAAGACUAUACCGGAGACGAAGUCACACCACAAAAUUUUUUGGGCAUACUUCGCGGAGACGAGGAAUUAGUCAAAAAAGGCAAACGAGUGCUUAAAAGUGGUCCAAACGAUCGCGUGUUUGUCUAUUUAGAUGAUCACGGAAUGCCGGGCUCAAUGUUUGAAAAUCUAUUGCCAAACAACAUUAGCGUAUACGCCAUGACUGCCUCCCGAGCCGACGAAGAAAUACAUUCUGACUGCGGUGGCGACGAACGUGGCGCA